UUGAAAUGUUGUCACCUUUUAUCUAAAUUAUUUAAGUAAAAUCCGUUUUGCAAUGGACGCAUAUUAAAAUACAAUAGAAACCGAUCAACAUUUUUGCUAAACUUUUUACAACAGAUUUAAGAAUUUAGUAGGUAUGAACGACUUUGCAACAUUAGAAAAAACGAUAGUACGCGAAUUAUCUUGUAGAUUGUGUCUUUGCAAUGAUGUUAUCAAGCUGAAGCCACUUAGUGCCGAAGUAAAGCGCAAAAUUAAAAAACUAUACGAUAUUGUUAUCCAUACAGAUGACUGCCUUCCAAAAGCUAUUUGUCAUGAUUGCCUACAACAAAUUAGUAAUGCAUAUAUCUAUGCAGUAAAAGUGGAAAGAACUCAAAAAUUCUUAGAAUUCCACAGAAAUAAGAAGAAUGAAGACAAACAACCAAAUGAAACAAAAAAUUAUACCCUUUUAAAUGAUUUAUCAGCCCGAAAUCUCGAAAAUACCACUACAGACCUAAAGACAAUUUCAAAUCCUACUACUCUGCCAAAACCCGCUGAAGUUAUAACAGAAUUACAACAAGGUGACACAAAAUCAGCAAGACCCAAACAAGUUAAGAAACAGUCGGCUUCUGAUAUGAAAUAUUUAGAAGCUAUGCCGCUAGAAGAAUUUGCUCAAGUGGAAAAGUUAGAUAAAUCUUUACUUAACAGCACAACGUCUGCUAAUAAAAGUCCAUCGCCGACUCAUGAAAAACGAAUAGUUGAAGAUGAACUAGCGCAAGAUGUUUUAGAUCCAAUAGUAAUAAUCGAUGGUCGUCCAGCCAAGCAAGGCCAUGCUCUAGAUAUGCAAAUCACGCUUUUCUACAAGAUGGAAUGUUGCAUUUGUCAUGAAACUGGAUUUCAUUUUAGGUCCUUAAUGAAACAUUAUAAAGACAGACACGGCGUCCCCGGCUAUGUAACUUGCUGUGAUAAAAAGUUUCAUUACUUCUACCCGAAAAAAAUUAUUGAACACAUGGCGUUCCAUUUGCAGCCGAACAUAUUUAUGUGCAAAAGCUGUCAUCAGAAUUUCCAGACGUCACAAGAACUUACAGAACAUCAAACCAACGGCGGACGAUCAGAAGGAAAGAUUUUGUGCCCGCGGUGCUCGGAACGUUACCCCACGUACAGAGAAUUAGGCGCGCAUCUUCUUACGCAUCGGGCGGAUAAACUUCAGUGCGACUAUUGUGGGAAAACAUUAAAACAUCACCACCGCAAGAAAACUGUUAACCAUAUGGAAGACGUCAUUUUGUGUUCUCAGUGUGUUCGAACUUUAAAAAAUAUAGAAAAACAAGAAAGAGAUAUUAAAGAAAAAGUGAAAGCGAAAAGUGUUGAUACUUUAACGUUACAGAAGUAUCAAAGAUUUCGACAAGCUAUGGGACUAUCCGCUGAUGAAGAAGCGUCCUCAGAUUAGAGCCGAUGUUCACAAAGCCCAUUGCUUUUUAACCUGUGUAUUACUCUAAGAUAAACCUGUUUUAUACAAAACGAGCUAAUCUUAGAGCUCGGUACUAAAAUUUUUUCCAUAAAAAUUGUAACAUUUAUAAAUGUAA